AUGAAACCCGUCGCUCAAUUAGCCGCUGCAAUUAAUGAAUUGAUGAUUCAGAAUUCGGAAGAAUGUAAAUUUUACACCACAACCUAUCAUUAUGUGGGCAAACCGUUGGCUGCCGGGGCUCAGAAUGUUCAGGUGAAUGAUAUUUUUAAUGGUGGACGACCUACACGAUUUAUUUGUUUCCAGAAAACCCAGGCGCGGUACAACGGCGAUAACACGCUAAAUUUUCACAGCAUGCCAUUUCCCGACAUCAAUCAUUUUCAAGUGAAAAUCAACGAAGCUAAUAUCCCACCGUUAAUUACCAACGCGAAAGAAGCGUAUUUAAAUCUGGUUCGUGUUUUAGACAGACGUCAUAGUCAAAUGCCUGUGACGUAUCCCGCGUAUGAAUCUGAUUUUGGUAUCAUCGUAGUCGAUUUAACGACUAAUCGAGAUAGUUACAAUCAGGUUCUACCCAAUUCGACGGCAGGUGUAGUGAGCGUCGAUAUAAAAUAUACUGCAGCAUUACAAGCCGCACAACAAUUGGUUUUUAUCGGCGAGUUUAGAAAUCAAUUGUCCAUCGGCUAUAAAACGGCUGCCCGUAAUAAAUUCGAAUUCUAA